AUGGGCUCCAUUGACCCUCCGGACUGCAGUGUCCUGAUUAUCGGGGCAGGGAUCUUUGGCGCCAGCACAGCAUACCAUCUCGCACUGAGUCAUGCAGAUCCAUCACGCAUCACAGUCCUGGAUCGCGCCUCCGUACCCUCCCCCCUGGCUGCGUCCUCGGACAUCAACAAGAUCAUUCGUGCGGAUUAUAGCAAGGCGUUUUACAUGGACUUGGCUCACGAGGCUAUGGAGUCUUGGAUGCACCAUCCAGUGAUGAAACCGCACUUCCAUCAGACGGGGUGGGUGAUGCUGGAUGAGAAGGGCAGCGAUCUGGCGGACCGGAUUCGAAAGAACUUUCGAGAAAGUGGUCGUCCUGAUACAUCUGCGGAUAUCUCUCUCGAGGAAGUCAAGUCGAACUGGGGAGGUGUACUCUCUGGAAUAGACACCAGUGAACACAGCAAGGCUUACACGAAUUCCAGCGCCGGUUGGGCAGAUGCUUCUUCCGCCGUCGCGGCCACUGUGGAGGAAGCCGUCAAAGCUGGUGUCAAGCACGAGGUAGGAGAAGUGAAUGAGCUGCUCAGCGAUGGUGAUAAGCUGACUGGUGUCCGCACGACUGACGGGCGCACAUUUACUGGUGACAAGAUUGUUCUAGCUACAGGAGCAUGGACGCCGUGGUUGAUGGCACCACUGGAAAAGAAAAUGACCAUUUCCUCAGAAAUCAGCAUCACAAGACAAGUCCAGGCGGCAGGAGUAUGCGUGGCAGCAUUCAAGGUGUCGGAAGAAGAAGCCCGGCAUUACUCGCAGAUGCCAGUCUUGAUCUUUGGCGCAAAAGGCGAGGCGAUGCCACCGAAUGACCAGGGCUUCUUUAAAUUUACAAAUGCCAACACUUUUCUCAACACUCAACCUCAUCCGGAGACUGGCCAGAAUAUCUCGGUCCCAGCACCUGAUCAACACUCUGUCCCGGACUUGCUCAAACGCCAAUCCAUAGAAAUCAUCCGCCAGCGCGUCCCACAAAUCCUUGACGGGGAUAGAGUGCCUGAUGACUGGCGCCUUUGUUGGGACGCCAUAUCGCCGGAUCAAAACCAGCUGAUUGCGCAGCAUCCUGAUCCGCGACUAUCGAACCUCUACUUUGCCACUGCUGGGUCGUUUCACAGCUGGAAAUUUCUGCCCAACAUUGGAAAGUACGUCGUCAACGUGCUGAACGGUAAGUCGAAUGGGCAAGAAAGGGACGAGGCCUGGUGUUGGAAGAGGACAUUCAGUGAGCGGGGAGCGCACGAGAAAGUGCUACCGAAAGGAGAACUGAAGGAUUUUCAGUAA